AUGUACGAAUCUCAAGACGAAAUACCAUCAAACAAAUUACCACCCUACAAGACCAAUCAACUUUCCUUUUCACUAACAAUUGACGGAUAUAACGUAGUAACAACAAAAGACAAACAUGCCACUGUCAUUUAUGAUGUGACAUUUACUGUCAAAUCAAUUUUACCUGUCGAUUCACAAUCACCCAGUAAACUAACAAGAACAAAAUCCCAAGCCAUCGUUUUUACACUUUCUGUAGCCAAACGAUAUUCAGAAUUAAGAGAUUUAUACAAACAACUGUCAUCAAUAACCCAUCAACAUUCCGAGACAUCUGACAGUUCACAAAUGCAAACAAUCGGUGCAACUGAUGUUAAAUAUGAUUUUCCAGGUAAAAUCUUCUUUGGAAACACAAAUCCAGAAACAAUAGAAAAGAGAAAAACAGAACUCCAGCAUUUCCUUGAUCAAGUUACAAUGCAAUUAGUUUUGGAAAAUAGAUUGGAAGGAAGUGGUGGUGAAAUUUAUAAGAGAGUUUUAAAGUUUUUUGAAAUUAAUGAAACACAUCAUAUUUGA